CUGGUCACCCUCUAUUUUGCUAACAGGCUGGUAAUGCAGAGAGACUGAAGCAAUGGCUGACAGUGCUGGAAUAUGUCGAGGUCUUUUUGGAGAUGUCGUUUGAACGCUUGGGUGGUGCUGCGGCCAAGUGGUUUAUCGUUGUGGUGGUGCAACUAGCAAAAGCAACCUUGCGUUUCCUGCUACUACUCCACUAUAAGUCUGCGGUCCAGCCGAGCCCCCCAUUUCCCCCCGUCGACCGGCUGAAGCUGGUAGAGGGUGCCAGGGAUCAGAGUGGCAGCACGCCUGCCGCCGCGGAGUCUGUGGUUGAGCUGAAAAGCUCUGGUCGUCUGAUGAGAAGCUUGGCUUCAUCUCCACCUAUCAACUACAGAGAGUGGCGUGUUCCCAAACGCACGAGGGUUGCAUCAUCAAUGACGGAGCAUGCACAUCUCUCAUCACAGACGAUUGCAGGAGAAAGUCUUCACAUAAUGAGACCACUAACUCACCUGACAAGCAUGUACUUGUUUGGGAGGAGUUCAUGGAAGCCGUGGAUGCUGGCAGGGUUGAUGGAUGUGCUGAGCCUCUUGGUUCUUCACCGGGAAGGAGAGAGGGCCCAACACCAGCAGACAGAGCUGAACAGGCGACAACUACUGCUGCUCUCCUACCUCCUGCGCUCACCAUUCUAUGACCACUUCACCAGAGACAGAGUAGUGGAUCUGUUGGAGUCACUCUCAGGUGUCCCACUCAUUUCUCUUUUAGCUGUCAGUGACAUGUGGCACUAA